CUCUUAAAAUGAGCUUUUUGUCAGGAUUUAAAAAGAAUUUGAAUAGAGCUGGUCAAAGCAUUAAACAAAGAACCGGUGGUAGUGAUAGAACCAUGGAUAGCGAGUUUGAAGAAGAAUACGACCGAUUCAAAAGUUUAGAAAAGAAGUCCGAAAAGCUUGCUAAAGAGUCCAAAGGGUAUCUUGAUUCAAUGAGAGCCAUGACUACAGCUCAAGUACGUAUCGCCCAAACGAUGGAGGGAUUUUAUGACGAGUCAGCACCAAUGGGUCCCGCAGGAGCAGAAUAUAGACGUGUGAUUGAAAAACUAGACGAAGAAGCGAGAUCAAGCUUGGAUGCUGCAUAUCGUGCUACCGUGCUCGAACCAUUAGCCAGAUAUUGUUCAUACUUUCCAGAGGUAAAUGAAGCCAUUAAGCGUCGUCAAAAGAAAUUAGCGGAUUACGACUCUGCACGAUCCAAAGUGAGAAAAUUGGUAGACAAACCAAGUGAGGAUCCUCAAAGAUUACCUAGAGCUGAACAAGAAGCAAACCUGGCUCGCGAAAUGUAUGAGAACAUAAACACUAUUAUUGUAAAUGAUUUGCCAAAGAUAAUUGAGCUACGUGUGCCAUAUAUAGACCCAUCAUUUGAAGCGUUAGUCAAGUGCCAACUGAGGUUUAGUCAAACAAGUUAUGAACAAUUAGAAGGUUUAAGGCACCAUUUCCCCCCUAAUAAUGAAACGGCCGAUAAUCGUGUAGACGAUGUAUUACAGCAAAUGCGGGAAUUAACCAUUUGUGGUAAUUUCUAAAAACGUUUUUUCUCCCGUAUAAUAUAGUCUUAUAGAAUAAUUAAUAAACAUGACAUCUGUCAAAAUAAUAAAGCUGUUUGUGUUUUUUUUUUU